UCCCGUUUUUCUUGUUGUUUAAUGAUAAUAAUACUUGGAAGAUACGGAUGACUGGGUGUUACGAGUCAAUGGAAAUUGACCUAAUUAUCUCAGGGCCAGAAAAUGAAAAAAAUGCACAAAGAGAAAGUACAUUUGUUCGGUGAAACUGGGAUCAGCGAUCCAGUCGACUGAAAGAACUCGUCGAGAAGGGAAGCAAUGAAGAUACAUUCUAUUACGCUACCAAGUGGGCAUUUGAUGCCAGCACUUGGCUUUGGUACAUGGCAGGCAACUGACGAGGACAGUUUGAAGAAAGCUUUAAACAUUGCUUUAGAAGCAGGGUAUAGACAUAUCGACACAGCUCCAGUAUAUUACAAUGAGAAAAUAAUUGGUGAAGUUCUUAAAACAUGGAUCGAUUCUGGAAAAAUUAAACGAUCCGAUCUCUUUAUCGUCACAAAGCUUCCACCGUCAGGAAAUAGACCAGAAGACGUCGAGAAAUGGAUAAAGAAAUCUCUGCAAGAUCUUCAAUUAGAUUAUUUGGACUUAUACUUAAUUCAUACUCCGUUCAGUUUUGUGGAUGCUAGAGACGACUAUAUGCCAAAGGAUGAGGAGGGAAAAAUGAAACUAGAUCCAACUACCGAUCACGUGAAAGUAUGGGCUGAAAUGGAGAAACAAGUGGAAUGUGGACGUACUAGAGCGAUUGGUCUAUCGAACUUUAAUACGAGACAGAUCGAGCGAAUUCAGAAAAGUGCUAAAAUAAAAAUUUCAAUGUUACAAGUUGAAUUAAACCUCUAUUUUCAACAGGACAAAUUAGCACAGUUUUGUAAAAAGGAAGGAAUUCCUAUAACAGCUUAUUCGCCACUUGGUUCUCGAGGUCUUGUGAAGAUGAUGAAUAAAGUAGAAGAGAUUCCAGAUAUGUUAGAAAACGAUGUAGUAGUGGAAAUAGCAAAAACGUACAAGAAAACACCCGCACAAGUUAUACUCAGAUACAUUCUGCAAAGCGGGUUUGCAGUGAUUCCAAAAAGCACGAAUCCCCAGAGAAUUAAAGAAAAUAUUCAGUUGUUCAAUUGGAAAUUGAAUUCAGAGGAUUUAGAAAAAUUGAAAUCUCUUGAUCAAGGGGAGUCUGCCAGAAUUUGUGAUUUUUCUUUCUUUAAAGGAUGUAGUGAACAUCCUGAAUUUCCUUUCAAAGUAUAUAGAAAUUAAUUAUAUACAGAUGUAAUAAACCAUGUGGCACAGUAACAUAUUCUUAAGCAUACAAAUUACAAAAGUAACUUACGCCUCAAAAUCUCUGAUUAAAUACAAGAGCUAUUCUGAAAACUUGUCUUUUAUUGUAUCGUUUGCGAACAAAAUCUGAUACGCGUACAAUACAACUUAAAUAUUAUGAUACAUGAACUUGAA